GCGUGCACGAAUGACAUGGGUUCAGCCUCAUCUUCCCCCCUUCAGAACUCCUCUGACAUGCCGGAGACCAUCACCAGCCGAGACGCCGCGCGCUUCCCCAUCGUAGCCAGCUGUACCCUGCUAGGACUCUACCUCUUCUUUAAGAUCUUCUCUCAAGAAUACAUCAACCUCCUGCUCUCCAUGUAUUUCUUCGUCCUGGGGAUUCUUGCUCUGUCCCACACCAUCAGCCCCAUGAUGAACAAAGUCUUCCCGGCUAACUUCCCCAGCAAGCAGUACCAGCUGCUUUUCACCCAGGGCUCAGGGGAGGCCAAGGAAGAGAUUGUGAAUUAUGAGUUUGAUACCAAGGACCUUGUGUGCCUGGCUAUGAGUAGCAUCGUGGGGGUCUGGUACCUGCUGAGGAAGCACUGGAUCGCCAACAACCUCUUUGGGCUUGCCUUCUCCCUCAACGGGGUGGAGCUGCUGCACUUGAACAACGUCAGCACUGGCUGCAUCCUGCUUGGAGGGCUUUUUAUCUAUGACGUGUUCUGGGUCUUCGGCACCAACGUGAUGGUGACUGUUGCCAAAUCGUUUGAGGCACCGAUAAAAUUGGUUUUCCCCCAGGACCUGCUGGAGAAGGGGCUGGAAGCCGACAACUUCGCCAUGCUGGGGCUGGGAGAUAUUGUCAUUCCAGGAAUCUUCAUUGCCUUGCUGCUGCGUUUCGACAUCAGCUUGAAGAAGAACACGCACACAUACUUCUACACCAGUUUCGUGGCUUACAUCUUCGGCCUGGGCCUCACCAUCUUCAUCAUGCACAUCUUCAAGCAUGCCCAGCCGGCGCUGCUGUACCUGGUCCCCGCCUGUAUCGGGUUCCCUCUCCUCGUGGCUUUGGCGAAGGGAGAAGUCACUGAAAUGUUCAGCUACGAGGAGAGCUCCACCCCCAAGGAGGUGCCUGCAGCCUCCAAGGACGGACUGACAGACGGGGAGAAGAAGGAGAAGUGACCUUGGAGGUCUGGGCUGGGCUCGGUGCUCUGGGCCAAGCCGGGCCGCCCGGCCCCAGCCUCAUCACAAGCGAUGAUGACGAGAAGCCUCCCCUUUCCCCCCAUCUAUGUAGCCGCAUCGUGUUUGUGUGCCCGGACCAGCUGCCCUUGCCCUCCCCAGCUGCAGGGCUGCCCUGCUCCAUUUUAUCGCCGUCCCCUUGGUGCGGGGGGGCCCCUGCGGGGCCCGUUUUUAAAUUUUGUAUCGUGGACUCGCUUUCUCUCAUAUUAAAUCAUCUCGAAGGAG